GUCAUAUGAAAAUUGCCUAAGUCCAUUUUUUUGGGAAAUUGAGAUUUUAGUGUAAUCUUGUUAAAAAUCAACUUAACUAUAACGUAGGACCAUAGUUUGAUAAUAAGUUGUUUGGUGGCACCGCAAUAUCAAUAUUUGAAAAUUGCGUAAGUCCGAUCAAGUUUAAACAGUGUGAAAAUUACGUAAGUCCGUUGCUUUGCGCUCGCUCACUACAUUUACCAAAUUAUUUAGUUAUUACGGUACGGUUUUUGUCGCUGCGAUUAAUUCCAAGAAUCGGAUUGGUCGUCUGGCGUCGGCGAACCUUAAUUGUUUUUAUUUAGUUAUUAAUGACAGAUGUGUCGAUGUGUCAAAACUCUACGUGACAAAUUAAAAUGGAUGAAAUAAGAUUCGACAAUAACGCAAUAGAAGUUCAAAAAAAAAAUGUUAACUUUAAUAAUGAUUACAUAAACAACGCACAUGGAAAUAAUGAAAAUUGCAUUGAAGAUAAGGAAAAUGAAGUAGUAGAGGAAAAUGACUACUUAAACCCUGAUCGCGAAAGAAAUUUGGAAGAGGACAUUGGCAUCAAGGGUAAAAAACGGAAAAGACAACAGAACAGAUUAAGUGACAGUAACUGUUGGGAAUAUAACGCAAACAAAAAGAAGCGUGAAGAAGGGAAAAUGUACAAGGGAAGACUGGGAAACCAAUUUUUAGUUGAGAGAAAUAAAAGAGUAAUGAAGAAAAGAUGCACAUGUCAAAACAAAUUAUUUAAAACUACGAAUCCUUUAAAAUGUUUUCAAAUAAACGAAGAAGUACGAAAAAAGAUUUUGAAUAAAUUUUGGAGUUAUUCUUGGGAAGAAAAAAAAUGUAUGUUAAAGGACGUGCAAUCGCAUCAAAUGUUAAGAGAGCGAGAAAUAGAAUAGCUGAGGAUCAGAGCCGUAGGACUAUUUCUUAUACUUUCUAUAUGGAUAGACAAACCGCAAGAGUUCGAGUGUGCAAAACUAUGUUUUGCAAUACUUUAGGUAUGUCUAUGAGGACUAUUACAGACUGGCUUAGUAAAGAAUCACUAUCACCAACUAGAAUAAACAGUACAAAUUCGGAAGCUAAAACUCAAUAUCAAAAUCAAAAACAAUUAAGAAGUACUGAUAAAAAGAAGAAAGUAAUGGAUUUUUUCAGCAGUUUACCAAAAUUAAAAUCCCACUAUUGCAGAAAAACAUCAACUAAACUGUACUUAGAACCGUGUUGGAAAAGUAAAUCUGAACUUUACAGAUUUUUCGUAAAUUCGUGGUGUAAAGACCGGAAAAUUGAAGGGAUAAGUAAGACAAUGUUUAAAUAUAUUUUUGAUGACAUGAAUUUGGCCCUCUUCAGACCUAAAAAGGAUGAAUGCGAUAUUUGUGUGGGAUUUCGAAAUAAAAAUAUUGCAGAAAAAAUUUAUCAAGAACACCUUAAAAGGAAAAUUGAAGCACGUGAUGAAAAAGAAAAGGACAAGGAAUCAUCAAACUUAGUUAUAACCAUGGAUUUACAAUCAGUUUUGUUAUGUCCCCAGUCUAAUGUCUCCUCUUUAUAUUAUAAGAGUAAGUUAAUAAUUCAUAAUUUUACAAUUUUUGACUUACAUUCUAAGGAUGGAUAUUGCUUCUUCUGGCACGAAGGAGAAGGCGAGCUAAAGGCUAACUGCUUUGCAUCUAUUAUUUGUAAUUUUUUGGCUACAACAAUGUUACGUGAUAUAGAUCUCAAGAAUAAACCUGACAUUAUUAUUUAUAGCGAUUGAUGUGGUUCACAGAAUCGUAACGCUAUUCUUUCAAAUGCCCUGUUAAAUUUUGCGAUGGAACAUAAUAUUUGUGUCAUACAAAAAUAUUUAGAAAAGGGGCACACACAGAUGGAGUGCGACUCCAUGCACUCUAUCAUAGAAAGAAAAAUAUCUGGUAAAGUAAUCAACGUACC